GGGUGACUAGGAAGUGAGAGUGGAGGCUGAAAAGAGGAGUCCGCCCAAGCAGUGGUGUAGAGGUGACGGGACGCCUGGAUUCCUCAGUUUCCUUCUUUUUCCAUUCCUGGGCUGGAGAAAAUACCUGAACAUGUGGAAUCCCAAUGCCGAGUUCACUGUCUCCCUUUCUCCCCCGCCCUGCCAGGGAUGUUACCUUUUCUCUCUCUUACGGCAGCCAGGGCCAUAUCCACACCCCCCUAACGUCGGGUACCCUGGAGGUUGCAAUCCUGCCCAUCCACCACCUGCCACCCCUGCCUUUCCUCCAGGCCCCUUUCCCACUCCCCCAGGAGCACCCCAGGGGAAUCCAGCCUUUCCCCCUGGUGGGCCCUGUCAUCCUGUGCCACAACCAGGGUAUCCAGGAUGCCAACCCUCAGGUCCCUACCCCCCUCCAUACCCACCACCUGCCCCUGGCAUGUGUCCUGUGAAUCCAUUGGCUCCUGGCAUGGUAGGACCAGGAAUGGUGAUUGACAAGAAGAUGCAAAAGAAAAUGAGAAAAGCUCAUAAAAAGAAGCAGAAACACCACAAACAUGGCAAGCAUUCCUCCUCCUCCUCCUCUUCCAGCAGUGACUCUGACUGAAUACAGGGCCUGGACCCUUCCCUCAAGUCUCUCCAGUUCUGCUCUCCCAUCAAGCUUCAGAUGCCAUCUUGUACUGGGGGAAAUUAGCCCUUGUGUCCCUCCCCCCACCACCCCUGCAAUCUAAGCCUCACUCGGCUGUUCAACCCUAACUGGCUAGGGAAAAUGGGAAAAGAAUUGCCAUGGGCUAGCAAAGGCCAUCUUGCCACUGCUUGGAUAGAACUUUUAGCUGGUGAAUUUUGCAGGAGAACUAUUUUUUGAAGAUGGUGAGAUUUGAGCUAAAUGCUGCAGACAAGUCUAAGAUCUGUAAAAUGUGAUUUUUAAAAUUUCUUUUGUAAUACUCAUGAUUGGGGAGAUGCUGUGGAAAUUUAAUUAUGGAAAGGAAAAAACGACCUGUACCUUUCUUGUAAUUGUGGCAUGCUUGGAUGAUUUAGUGGCAAAUAAACAUUUCCCAGCCGGCCUUUUAUUGAUUGCACUCACUUCAAGGCUGCUGGGAAGUGGAGUCCGUUUGGCUGAUGAGCUUUGCCAUUUUGGAAACUAAUCUCUACUCCUUAGCUCAGUAUGCUCUCUCAGGUCCUCCUCUCACUCUCCAACUCUCAGUCCAAAUAAAGCUGUUUCUCCUGGUCUCUGUUCACCUGUGCCAUUACCGUGGUUGGGUCUAGCACAUUCUACUACUUUUGCCUUCCAUGGACCCUUUAAAGUGCAUCAGUUUUAUGGUAAGGAACCAGAGCAUCAUCAGGAAGACAGCAUACUGUCCUUAUAUGUCUCUAGUGGGAGGAUCCUUCAGAAUUGGUUCAGGCUUAGUGGAAUGAAUCUUUACUGUCUUCCAUUUGAUGAAUGGAUAUAGGUCUUUAGCAUAAGUUUUCAUAUCUGCUACCAAGGUUCUCAACCCUGGCUGCCCAUCAGCUAUCAGAGAGUGAUUUAGGGCUUUGCCUGAAAGACUCUUGAUAAGGAUGGGGCCCAGCAAAUCAGGAUUUUUAAAACACUGUGGGUGAUUCUGAUGUACAGCUAGAACUGAGGGCCACUGGUUUACCAAAUGCCAUACAUGGUAUUACACAUUGGGUUCUCAAAGAUCUGUUGAGUAGAGGAAAAAGACAUCUAAGAGAACUAAUUAAUAUAGAUGCUAUAAAAUACCAGAGAUAUAUAAACCUAAAAAUAACUGGGAAGUGAAGGAGGAGUCAAAGAUGACUUCACAGGAAAAGUGACAUUUUACCUCUAGGGCCGUGAGUGGAGAAACAUGAGUACACAAAAAAAUGAAAGAAUAGAUCUACCAAGUGGAUGGCGGAGAAGGGCUGGGAAAGGCAUGUGCUUAGGUACAGGGUCUAAAGCUCCAUAGCAUGUUUGGGAAUCACAGGUAUCCCAAUGGAGCUAGAUUAAUUCCCUGGAAAAGUAGUAUUGAAGAAAUACUGUGUUCCGGGUGUUGAGGUACAAAGAUGAAUAAGACAGUCCCUGCUCUUCAUGGCCUGCAAGAGCUAAGGGAGCAGAUAGAUAUGUGAAUAUGUGAAUAGGUUAUUAUAAUACAGUAAAAGGGACCACAACAGAGACAGGGAUCAAGCAGUGGGGGAGCAAAGGAAGGAGUGACAGUGCCAGUAGGAAAUGAGUGAGGUCCUGGCUGGGCCUCAGGAUGCGGAGGAGGUUCCUAGUUGGUAAAUAACAUCAGCUAACACCAAGCAUUUAUCAUGUGCCAGGCACUAAGUGCUGUACAUUUAUAACUUGUGUUAAUCUUCCCAGCAACUCUUUGAGGUAGGUACUCUGCUUCCAUUUUGUGGAAGAAGAAAACUUCAGUCAGGAUUUGAACUCAGGCAGUGUGGCUCCUGUGUCUAUGCUUUUAACCCAGUGGAUUUCAGGCAGAAGAAGCAGUUUUGCAGAGGCACAGAGUUGUAAAAAGGUGUGGGAUGAAAGUUCAGGAAUUCCUGAGCCUGAGAUACCAUACAGGAGCCUGAAAGCAGGAAAUGAGGCUCUAGAUGGGUCUAGAGGAAGGAGUGGACUUGAGAGAUUUUACUGAGGUGGAACCCACAGGGCUUAGGGAUUGAGUGCGGGGCUUGAACAGGGAAGGAGUGUUUUUAGUUGGCUGGAUUGCAUAUACCACUUGUCCCUGGGGUGAGUUAUAUGAAAUAAAUGCUUAAAGUAAAUAUAUUAGAGCUAGCUUCUAAUUUUAUUAGGAAAUCCAAGACCAAGGCCUGUUUUCCAGUGUCCUGGAUUUGGGGGCCAUUCUAAUGUUUUUUUCCCAAUCAUACUCCGUUUUCAUUUACUCAUCAGCUCUUCCUUUUCGAGGAGGAGAGGGAGAUGUGGGCACAGGGGGAUUGUGAGGUGAAAGAGAAACAGAUGUUGACAAACAAACCACAAAUUAAGGAGAGAGAAUGAGAAGGGGCUCAAGGGGGAAAACACAAAGAGAAACAAAGAAAUUAGGGAGAAAAUUCACUGACCUCCUUCCCCAGUUUUAACCAUGGACAGCCCAUUUCUCCUUCCUGGCUUUUCUAAGUCACAUGCACAGCACCUUGCUGUUUUGCUAUUGUUGUUUCUCAAAAGUCUAUUAACUUUUUGAAAGCUAAAAGUAGUACAUGUACUUGGGGAAAAAUUGUAACAUUUUUAAUAGGAUGGUCAGUGAAAAGUAAGGUUCUCUUCUCAUUGCAGAUUUCCAGCUUCCUCCCCAAAGGCAACCAUGAUUACCAAAUUCUUUUGUAAACUUCCAGAGCUAUUCUGAACAUAGUUAAAUAUCCUUUCCCUUUCUAUUGUUCCUAUUGUUCCCUUACAUUGUUCCUAUUGCCCCUACCCCGACUUUAUAUCA